UCUAAUGUUGACAACGAUCACCGCGCAGUGACGUCACGACGAAAAACCGCUGCUGGACUGCGGCUUCGCUUGCACGUACACAAUGGCGAUCGAAAAAUACACACAUUUAAGGCAUUAUUUUUCGAGUUAAAUUUGAAUUGGAAACCUAGGAUUUCGCGAGAGAGGAUUACAAACAAAAUUCGUCAUGUCGGCUUAUCAACAAGUGAAAAGUGGAAAAUUGAAAUUAAAAGGAGAAAAAUCAACCAAAAAGAACAAAACUAAGAAGAGGAAAAGAGAAAACGAUGACAACAAAAACGAAGAUGUUGAUGCUUUAAGACAUGGUGGUUGGUGGAAACUUACUAAUUAUCAUCAGCUGGCUUCAACAAUUGCUCUUCAAAGUUGUGAUAGCGGGAGUUAUAUUGAAGCUACAGACACUGGUGGCUAUGUUAUGGGGGAACUAAGAGAUUCCGUGAAUUCCCCUGCUCCAGUAGAAAUAUUUACAGCUGUAACUUCACAGAACAAGAUUGCUUUGAAAUCUGGAUAUGGUCGAUACUUAUCAGUAAACAUGAUGGGAGAUGUUACUGGUACAGCUGAAGCAAUUGGUCCUCAACAACAGAUUGAGCUUGUUUUUGAGAAUGACAAAGCUGCACUUCAGACCUAUAAUGGUUGUUUCAUAUCAAUGACGGACAAUGGGAACCUUAAAGCAUCACAAAAAACUGCAGACAAGAAUGCACAGUUUUACCUUAGAACUGAUGCAGAAAGAUUUACUCAAAUAAAAAGUGAUUUGCCUGAAGACAUACAGGAUAUGAAAGGAUGCGAAUUGUCUUAUGUGAAGAAAUUUCAAAGCUUCCAAGACAGGAGAUUGCGCAUUAGUGAUGAAGCAGUUUCUGACCUUAAGAAAGCUAAGAGACAGGGCAAUAUUCAUGAGAAAUUGCUUGAUAGAAGAGAAAAAAUGAAGGCUGACCGAUACUGUAAAUAGCAAGGAUCUUUUAAGAUAAUUUAAGUAUUUUUUACUAAAAUCAUUAAUUUUGUCAUUGUCAA